AGCUGAAAAUCAAGUUUGACAAACCAUCAAUGAUUAAUUAUUAUGUAUUUUGGAAUAAAAUAAUAUAAAUAACUGCAGAAGCCCGGAAAGCCCUCCAUAUGGCAGAAGCACGGAAGUUCUUAUUUUCUUCUCCAAGAUGCUUCCUCUUGUCGUUAGCGUCCACAGCUAAAACAGAAAGAGCCAAUAUACUGUGCCUGUAAUUUAAUAGCUCCGCUCGUUGACUAUUCCAAUAAUUAAAAAAGAAAUUUAGAAGAUCUGAGUAAUUCAAUUCUUUGCAGGAAGCCAACCUUUUCAACCAUACAUAAGCUUACAGAAACAUGCUCAAACUGUGACCGAGAAUUAUAAUGGAUGAAUCAUCUCUGCCAGCGACGAUGAUCUUCUCCGGCUUUUUACCAACUGGGUCAUUGCUAGACUCGUUGGUUCACAUAUCGAAUGAAGUUGCCUCCAUGGAAAAGUUCCCUUUUGUUCAACUCAGGAAUGUCUCAUCCAUGAUCAGGAGGGUGAAGCUUCUUUCUUCUCUUUUCGAGGAGAUUCAGGAAACAGAUUCCCCAUUUCCUCCUUCUUCAAUCCUGUGUUUCACAGAGCUCUUCUCUGUGAUCAGCAGAGCGAAGCACUUGAUCCAAGAGUGCCAGGAAAGCAGCUCACUCUGGAGUCUCAUACAGUUAGAGUUUAUUUCCAAUCAAUUCUAUGUGCUUGUAAAGGAGAUGGGAAGGGCUCUAGACAUCCUUCCUCUGAGCUUGCUUAACAUCACAACAGAUAUAAGAGAGCAAGUGGAGCUUCUGCACAAGCAAGCAAAAGCGGUUGAGCUGUUCAUUGAUCCUCGUGAGCUGCAACGAAGAGAGCAGCUUCUGCAUGUAAUGACCCACAACACACUACAGAACAAGAAAAACAAGGGAUUUCCUGAGUUUGGGAAAGUGAAACAAAUGUUAAGCAGCAUUGGUUUGAGAACUCCAUCAGACUAUGAUAGAGAAAUUUCAAAGCUAGAGACUGAAACUCAGAAUCAGGCAGGUACAGGAGGGUUAAUCGUCAUGUCUAAUAUACACAAUCUCAUAUCUCUGGUUACUUAUUCAAAAUCCAUGAUAUUCAGAGACGGCGAAAACGAGAUAGAUGAAGAUUGUAAACCAGCAGUGUCCGCAUUCACACAUAAGAGCUCCGAUCAUUCUUUUUCUUCACUUUCUUCUCAGAUGAUACCGUCAGCGCCUAAUGUUCCUGACGAAUUUCGAUGCCCAAUUACACUUGAUUUAAUGAGAGAUCCAGUGAUUGUAUCAUCUGGGCAUACGUAUGAUCGAAUUUCAAUUGCACAGUGGAUAAACUCGGGACAUCACACUUGCCCGAAAAGUGGGCAAACACUAAUCCACACUGCUCUCGUACCCAACUAUGCACUGAAGAGUCUUGUGCAGCAAUGGUGCCACGAGAAUAACGUCCCAGUGAAUGAGCCGACAUCAUCUUCUUCCUCAACUUCGGAGGAUCCCAGGAGCAAGGACAACUCAAACGAAAAUACCGUCGAUCAUAUCUCGGCUAAAAAAGCAGCCAUAGAUGCUGUCAAAAUGACAGCAGAGUUUCUAGUGGGAAAAUUAGCAACUGGGUCAGCUGAAAUCCAAAGGCAGGCUGCUUAUGAGCUAAGAUUACUAGCAAAAACUGGGAUGGAUAAUCGAAGAAUUAUCGCCGAGGCAGGGGCAAUUCCAUUUCUAGUGACAUUGCUGGGAUCUCAUGAUCCAAGAAUCCAGGAGCAUGUCGUCACGGCCUUGUUUAAUCUCUCCAUAUUCGACAAUAACAAGGUUUUGAUAGUGGCCGCCGGAGCAGUGGAUCACAUAGUAGAAGUGCUCGGAUCAGGAAAAACCAUGGAGGCAAGAGAAAAUGCAGCAGCAGCGAUCUUUAGUUUGACUAUGGUUGAUGACUGCAAGGUAGAAAUCGGAGCCCGUCCAAAGGCCAUACCCGCAUUAGUAGGACUGUUAAGAGAGGGCACACCUAUUGGGAAAAGAGAUGCUGCUACUGCCAUUUUCAAUCUUGCAGUUUACAAUCCUAACAAGGCCAAAAUCGUUAAUGCUGGGGCCGUUCCUUUGCUUAUCGAGCUGCUUAUGGAUGACAAGGCUGGGAUCACAGAUGAUUCUUUGGCUGUGCUUGCUUUGCUUCUGGGUUGUUCUGAAGGUUUGGAGAAGAUAAGGAAUAGUAAAGUGUUGGUGCCUCUUUUGAUUGAUCUUUUGAGGUUUGGGUCACCCAAAGGGAAGGAGAAUUCUAUAACACUUCUGCUCGGGUUGUGCAAGGAGGAAGGUGAAGUGGUGGCAAGCAGACUAUUGGCAAAUCCGCGAAGCAUUCCUUCUCUUCAAAGCUUGGCAGCCGACGGUUCUUUAAGGGCACGAAGGAAGGCCGAUGCUUUGCUUAGACUGCUUAAUAGGUUCUGCUCUCAACCUCAUCAUUCUCUUUGA